GGCUAAAUGUGCGGGUUUGAAGGGUGUGGUUUUAAAGGUAUAUAUACUGUAUUCUCUGAAGGGUGAAGGAUAGUACCUUGGAUACUCUUUUUUUGCUCCCAGUGGCUUUUUUUCUUGAUUCAGAAUCUUCUUGACUAGACACCAAACAUGACCUUCUACAGGCACUCAGGUCCGCGCAGCUACCUCAGCUCCACCAUGACCGAGCGCUUCGACUGCUUCUACUGCAGAGACAACCUGCAGGGUAAAAAAUACGUCAACAAGGACGAUAAGCAUGUCUGCGUACGCUGCUUCGACAAGCUGUGCGCCAACACCUGCGCAGAAUGCCGUCGACCAAUCGGCGUUGAUGCCAAGGAGCUGACCCAUAAGAACCGUCACUGGCAUGAGGACUGCUUCCGCUGUGCCAAGUGUUACAAGCCUCUGGCUAACGAGUCUUUUGCAGCUAGAGACGAUGGCAAGGUCAUGUGUGGUAAAUGUGGUGCUCGUGAGGACUCCGCCCGCUGCCAGGGCUGCUACAAAGUCAUCAUGCCGGGGGAUAAGAAUGUGGAGUAUAAGCAUAAGGUCUGGCAUGAGGAGUGCUUCACCUGCUUUGAGUGCAAGCAGCCAAUCCGCUCUCUGAGCUUCCUGACCAAGGGCGAUGACUUCUACUGCACUCCGUGCCACGAGAAGAAGUUCGCCAAGAACUGCGCCCGCUGCAAGGAGCCCAUCACCGCUAAUGGGAUCACCUAUCAGGACAAGCCCUGGCACUCUGAGUGCUUCGUGUGCCAGACCUGCAGGAAGCCACUGGCUGGCGGUCGCUUCACUGCUCACGAGGACUACUUCUACUGCGUGGACUGCUACAAGACCUCUGUAGCCAAGAAAUGCUCUGGCUGUCAGAAUCCCAUCACAGGUUUUGGCAAAGGGACCAAUGUGGUGAACUAUGAGAACAACACCUGGCACGAGUACUGCUUUAACUGCAAGAAGUGCUCCCUGUCCCUCGCCCACAAGCGCUUCGUCCUGAACGGAGAGAACAUCUACUGCACUGACUGCGCCAAGAAGCUGUGAGGGAUUCAGAACCAUCAGCAGUUUCAAUAUGGAAUAAUGUCUGUAUUCAAAAUGCUAACACUGCAAAUAAUAAUGACUUAAAGCCAGCAGCCACAAUAAUUAGCACACUGUAAACCGUGCACAGCCUCUAAUUUUAAUUAAUAUAGAAGAUUUUAUUACAAAUUAAAUUAGUAUAUUAACUCAAGUGAUGUCCACUAGAGACAAUGUGUGGCUUCAACUUUAUAUAUUAUUAUUAUUAUUAUUGGCUACACAUCUUAUUACAUAUUAACAUCAUGUCACAUUAAAAACCCUGUACAUCAUUGUGGCUCCUGGCUUUUAUUCAUUAUUGGCUAUUGAUCAACAUUUCUGUUCUGUUCCUUUAAAAAAAAAAAAAAAUUAUAUGCAAUUACGUCAAGCCAAGAAAAUCAAGUGCCUGAAAUGAUAAUACCAUUGCUUUUAGUAUUUUUAUAACCAGAAAAAAAGUGAGUGGUGUGAAAACUGAGUGGCAAAUAUAAUUUUACAGUCAUUUAUCUUAAAGUCAUAACUCAA